AUGGGGAGGCAGCCAUGCUGUGACAAGCUCGGGGUGAAGAAAGGGCCGUGGACGGCCGAGGAAGACAAGAAGCUCAUAAACUUUAUACAAACCAACGGCCAUUGUUGCUGGCGUGCGUUGCCGAAGUUGGCCGGUCUCCGCCGCUGUCGAAAAAGUUGCCGUCUCAGGUGGACAAACUACCUCCGGCCUGACUUGAAGAGAGGCCUUCUCUCUCAUGACGAGGAACAACUUGUCAUCGAUCUGCAUGCUCAUAUCGGCAACAAGUGGUCUAAGAUAGCUUCAAGAUUACCCGGAAGAACAGAUAAUGGAAUAAAAAACCAUUGGAAUACUCACAUCAAGAAAAAACUUGUUAAGAUGGGAAUCGACCCCGUGACUAGUCAACCUCUAAAACAAGAACCUAAUAAUACCGAUAAUCCAAAUAGCACUUCUUCAGUUUCCAAUGAUAUCUCAAAGGAACCAAAGAGCAGCAGCACCAAAAACGUCGAGACAAAUGGCACGACUACUGAAGACGAAAGCAGCAGCGCAGUUACUAGACAAAACAGUUCCAAGGAUAGUGAAAAUAAUCUGCUCAAUGAUGAAGAAUUGUUUAGUUAUUUUCAUGACAAUAACUAG